AUGUCUGAUAUUGAGGUUGCACUUCCAGAAAGGAAACAUCGAAAGUCAGUUGCCUUCAGCGAGGGCGCAACCGUCAUGGACGCAAACGGUACCAUUUCCGAGGCCAACCAUGCUGAGGAUAAGACGACCGCUGAAAAGCAUACUGCAGUGUCGCCUGACCAGGAGGUUGACGAGAUGACCGAUAUGUUCAAAGGCUUAACGAAGAAGAAGAAAUCGAAGAAAUCGAAGGAUACGGAAGCAGCAGCAGGGGACGCCGAGGAUGGUGGCGCAGGGGACGCUGAAUUCGACCCCUCUACUAUAAAAAAGAAGAAAAAGAAAUCAUCAAAGAAAACUACGGAUGGUGACUUUGAGGCCAAGCUUGCACAAGCUGGCCUAGCAGAUGAGGCUGCACCUGAAGAGAAACAAUCACCAGAGCAGAUUAUCGAGGCACUUGAGAACGGAACCGGUAUCUGGGCUCACGAUGCUACUCAGCCCAUAAACUACUCGUUAUUGGUGACCCGUUUCUUCAAUCUCAUCCAUAGCCACCACCCUGAUCUACUCGCUAGCGGUUCAAAAUCGUACAAGAUCCCACCCCCACAGUGCCUACGUGAAGGAAACAGAAGAACUAUUUUUGCCAACAUUCCAGAUAUCUGCAAGAGAAUGAAGCGAUCUGAUGACCACGUUAUGCAAUUUUUGUUUGCUGAGUUAGGAACAAGUGGUAGUGUUGACGGUAGCAGAAGACUAGUGAUCAAGGGACGAUUCCAGCAGAAACAGAUUGAAAAUGUUCUGAGAAGAUACAUUGUUGAAUAUGUUACCUGUAAGACAUGCAGGAGCCCGGAUACAGAACUGAGUAAGGGAGAGAAUCGCCUUUACUUUGUUACCUGCAAUUCCUGUGGAAGUCGACGUAGUGUUACUGCUAUCAAGACUGGUUUCCGUGGACAAGUUGGAAAACGCAAAAAGCAGUAA